CUCAGAAAUGUCAACAAUCAACUAUCGCCGGUUAGGUUAGAUUAAACUUCAUAUUUCGCAUACGAAAGAUUUAAAAUGGGUGGUAAUGGAUAUACUUGUGCUGUAAAAGAUUGCAAAAAUACCACAAGCAGCACGAAAAGAGUUAGUUUCUUUAGAUUUCCAAAAGAUCUUCAAAGAGCUGAAUUAUGGUUGAAAUUUUGCAACAGAAGCAUAAAGACGCCUUUGGAAAAAUUGCACACUAAUUAUAGAAUUUGUGGUGAACAUUUUAUAUCAUCGAUGUUUUUAAAUGUUAAAAAUAGGCUACAACCACAUGCGACUCCAACUAUUUUAUCAGCAAAUUUGGAAUCUUUACCAGAAGUUUCAAGGAUGCCGAUGCAAUAUGCAAUAGUUGAUUGUCCAAGUAUUAAAGACCAGAAUAAUAAACUUCUUUUCUGGAAACCAUAGCAGUACAACAGCUUAAAACUGUAGAAACAAAUUUAAUACCCAAUCAAAGCAAUGCAAU